AAAUCAAAAUAUCUGUGGCAUCCGUUUUCACCACAUAACAUUAACUCCCCAUUGUAAACCCUAACCCUAACCCCCCUCCCUGCGAUCGAAUCAUGAAAGGAGGCAAAUCAACCGGUGCUCAGAAGAAAUCGAACGCCAAGCUGGCUGUGAAGAAGGGGAAACCUGCGAAGGAUCCGAACAAGCCAAAGAGACCGGCUAGUGCAUUCUUCGUGUUUAUGGAGGAGUUUAGGAAGCAGUUUAAAGCCGAGAAUCCUGACAACAAAUCUGUUGCUGCUGUUGGUAAAGCUGGUGGGGUAAAAUGGAAAGCCAUGUCUACUUCUGAAAAGGCACCUUAUGUAGCCAAAGCUGAGAAAAGGAAGGCUGAGUAUGAGAAGACCAUGGUAGCAUACAACAAAAAGCAGGCUUCGGGUGGUAAAGAUGAGGAUGAUGAUUCUGACAAAUCCAAGUCUGAGGUUAACAACGAGGAGGACAGUGAUGAUGAGGAGGAAGAUGAUGACUAAUUUAGAAAAUCAGAAAAAGGGUGCUUGUUUUGUUGACGGUUUGAACAGUUACUACGCUUUGUACUUUUUUAUAUUACUGUUAGUCUGGAUUUAGAUCUCUGAGUGAUGGCCAUGUCUGCACUCGUAUUCUGGUAACAAAUCGUAUGAUAUGAAUAGCAGAAGGAAGUUAUGUUUGUUUUCACAUAUUCUAAGUUUUGUUUAGUUGGAUCUUUUCUGUUUACUA